CCAAAUUUCCCGAUGCUACACCGUGUAGCGGCCUCCACGGGACUAGACGGGCGGUAGACACUUAAAACCCUAACCCGUAAUGGCAUCGGGAAAAUCUCUCUAUCCCCAAACCCCACGGCGAUACUCUCAGAAUACAAGGAAGAUGAGCAGCCGCCCUCAUCGUGUAUUUCAAUGCAGUGCUCGAUCCUUUUAAGCCUAUGAGCUUUCUCGAGUUCGUCUCUCGUGAGUCCGAUCCGUUCAGGAGCGAGUCAGUAAUUAGAGACGUCAAUCCCUUUCUCCGAACGGUGAAAGAGAAGGUCGACGAUGAAGAUAAGAAAAUCAAGGACAAGGAGAUGGCAGAACGCAAUUUGAAGGUUGACAAAACGAUCGCCAAGGACGAGCCUCUGGCCGCUGCGGAUGAGAAGAUGAGUGAUGGCAAGUGAGGAGAUGGGUUUGAAUGUGCUAAUUCAUGGGAUGAUGAAGGUAGCAUCUAGGAGAUAAAGCGAGAGGUGGUUCAGGAAUGUAUAAUGAAGCCUAAUAAGUAAUAAGUAGUUCAGUUCCGUUUUAUGACACAUGAAAUUUUGAAAAUAGGUUAGUUAAGUCUAUUUCACCCUAAUUUCACAACCAAAGGAAAACAAAAUCCCUGGACCUGUACUGGUUGGAGAGUUUUGGAAAUCACUUCUGCUAGAGCAUGUAUCAUGACAGAAAACAGCCCCCCAAUAAAGGCAAUCGCCCUGAUCUAGACAGUUAUUCUUGGGGUCGGCCCUUGCAAGAAGUUACCAUCAAUAUUCCAGUCCCUCCUGGAAUUAAGUCAAGGUUCAUAGCAUGUGAGAUAAAGAAAAACCAUCUGAAAGUUGGAUUCAAGGGUCAGCCUUGAUGUCUGCAGGGUGAACUACUUCAGCUGGUCAUGAUUGAUGAUUGCUUCUGGACCUUAGAGGAUAAGAAAUACAUCUCUGUACUCCUGACCAACCAAAACCAAAUGGAAUGGUGGAAGAGUGUGGUGAAAGGUGAUAUAGAAAUUUAUACUCAGAAGGUAGAACCCAAAAGCAACCAGCUAUCUGAUCUUGACCCAGAAACUUGUUCUGACUGGAAAAAAUGAUGCACCCGGAGAUGUACUUUUCAAACGCGAAACUAUUUUAAAGUCUAUGCCCUUGGGUCUUUAACUUGACUGAUCUUUUCACCCCUUAAAUCAAGCUAUAACAGAACUGCCAAGGCUUGGGGCCAAAAGGGGGGAAAAUGAGCAAGUUGAGGAAAGAAUGAUAGUAUGAUGGGAUGAGAUGGGGCAUGCUAAGGGUGUCUGCUUUGUGGGAGUCCAACAAUUGAAUAAUGAGAGAGGGGAUGGGACCAAGUUCUAAGCAAGUGCAAUUGAAGACAAAAACCAUGCCCAUUAUGGGCAUUUGAACUAUACGAUUUAGCACGUGUGUUGCCCUACAAAUGCCGCACGGAGCAUUCACACGCGACAUUUUCCAUCAAAAGUUCAGGGGUCCCCCAUUAUUUGUCCAUUCCCGGGCAAGGGAGGGUCCAUUUGGGUUCUCACUUAAAUGCACGAUUGUGACAAUACUUGGUGCUUUCUAGAGUCCCCCCUAAAUAGCAAAUAAUGGCAACGCUCGUUUUUUGGCUAGAGCGUAUGUAUUUUGGUACUACUAUUACAACAAUAAUAUAUCAAACAUAUUUAGAGUUGGUGAUUGCACAA